AUGAUGAUGCAUAGGGAAUAUCGCAGGGAUGAUGAAAAAUAUCGAGGAAUUAUUAUUUCUGAAGAAACUUUAAAUAUUUUGAGGAUGUGCUGCAAAAUAUUAGUUUCCAGAUUAAUAAAAACCCAUUGGCGAAUGUCUUGGCAUGGGUGCUUACUCCCCCCUCCGUUAGCGAACAAAAUCAUUGGAAAAAUUUUAUUUUUUGUCCAAAAGCCCACCCUCUAUGAGAGAACAAAACACUUUUUGAAGUAAUAUUUCUCAGGUCAAAUCUCUGAUUUAGCUGUGAUAAAUUGUAA